AUGCUUUUUAACUUGGCAGUGCACAUUAAGGAGGAGACAGACUAUAUGCAGCAUUCUGACUGUCAGAUGGAGACACAGUGUGCGGAACAAAUUAAAGAGGAGUCCUCAUGCUCGGAGAGUGAGGAAUGCAGCACGAGUAAGGCAGCUAUGCCGGCUAGCCUAUGCACCGAACACAAACCCUUAUGUUCCGACAGCACAGGCUAUGGUGUAAGCGAGGCAGAAAAGCUCGCUGAUGAGCUAAAGGAGGAGGCACUGUGUUCAGACGGCAUGGAGUGUGGCAUGACUGGCAUGAGCGAGUCAACCAUGCUGGCUGUUGUGGAUACUGACCAUGAUGUAAAGGAUGAGUUUGUGCUCGGAUCAGAGCAUGUGAAGGAAGAGCCUUCAUUGUCAGAGAGCGUAGAGUAUGGAAUGAGUGAGGCGGCCAUGCUGGCAGACCUAUACGCUGACCACGUCGUAAAGGAUGAGUUAGUGCUGGGGCCGGAGCAUCCACAUCGGCCAGAUGUUUCUCUGGUAGCCCUCGACUGGGCGCUAGCUGACGAGGAUGGUUGCCUGCAGGAGUCUCAGGAGCAUACCUCACAGCCGGCACUGAAGGACUGCUGCGUGAGGCUCGAGCGCCUCCACUACGGAGCCCCUGCCAAGCACACCAUACAAGACACCACUCACACUGACAGUGAACCUUAUUCUGAAGAAGAAAUGUACACUAAAGUUGACUGUGAGAGAGUGACUGAACCGGUGUGUGAUCUUUGUGGCAAGAAGUUUUCUCUGAACUCUGAUUUAUUGAAGCAUGUCAUGACCCACAUUCACACGUCUAGUGUGCAGCAAGAAGGCAGCCGGCCUGUUGUCGCUGAUUACGUGUUUGAAGAAAGGCCGUUACAGGAGCGCGUCCUUAGUGGAGACUCUCCGCUCGCGCUCCGAGACUGCUGCGUGCGGCUCGAACACCUCCAACACCACGAGGCGCUCGCCGGCAACGACACUACUCGUACUGACACGGAAUCUGAUACUGAAAGCAUAUAUGCUAGAGACUGUAUCAUUAACAAUCGUACAACAACUAGUGGCACAGACAAUGAUAAUGAAAAUAUAUAUGCUAGAGACUGCGGGACGAUAUAUACGUGCACGCUGUGUAAUAUGAAGUUUGCAAGUGUCUGGAAAUUCAAAGCGCACAAACGAACACAUACAAACGAGACGCCAUACGCAUGUGGAAUAUGUGGAAAGCGGUAUACACGAGCUUCUCAUUUAACGAGACAUAAUUGGUAUCACACUGGUGAAAAACCGUUCUCCUCCAAGAUGUGUGAUAAGAAGUAUUCGGAACAAGAUUCUUUGAGCAAACACAUACUAAGCCAUACUGGAGCGAAGCCUUAUUUUUGCGAAAUCUGCAAAAAACGGUUCGUGCAUAAGAGCAGUUUGAAAACACACAUAAUAAGCCAUACUGGAGCGAAGCCUUAUUCUUGCGAAAUCUGCAAAAAACGGUUCGCGCAUAAGAGCAGUUUGAACACACACAUACGAAGCCAUACUGGAGCGAAGCCUUAUUCUUGCGAAAUCUGCAAAAAACGGUUCGUGCAAAAGGGCUAUUUGAACAUACACGUACUAAGCCAUACUGGAGCGAAGCCUUAUUCUUGCGAAAUCUGCAAAAAACGGUUCGCGCAAAAGAGCUAUUUGAACAUACACAUACGAAGCCAUACUGGAGCGGAGCCUUAUUCUUGCGAAAUCUGCAAAAAACGGUUCGCGUUAAAGGGCAAUUUGAACACACACAUACGAAGCCAUACUGGAGCGAAGCCUUAUUCUUGCGAAAUCUGCAAACAACGGUUCGCGCAUAAGAGCAAUUUGAACACACACAUACUAAGCCAUACUGGAGCGGAGCCUUAUUCUUGCGAAAUCUGCAAAAAACGGUUCGCGCAUAAGGGCAGUUUGAAAACACACAUAAUAAGCCAUACUGGAGCGAAGCCUUAUUCUUGCGAAAUUUGCAAAAAACGGUUCGCGCAAAGGAGCAGUUUGAACAGACACAUACUAAGCCAUACUGGAGCGAAGCCUUAUUCUUGCGAAAUCUGCAAAAAACGGUUCGCGCGAAAGUUCAAUUUGAACACACACAUACGAAUCCAUACUGGAGCGAAGCCUUAUUCUUGCGAAAUCUGCAACAAACGGUUCGCGUUAAAGGGCAAUUUAAACACACACAUACGAAGCCAUACUGGACCGAAGCCUUAUUCUUGCGAAAUCUGCAAAAAACGGUUGGCGCAUAAGGGCAGUUUGAACAGACACUUACGAAGCCAUACUGGAGCGAAGCCAUAUUCUAGUGGUAUGUGCAAAACACGUUUCGCGCAAUAGGGCUAGGGAUACUAAGCCAUACUGGAGCGAAGCCUUAUUCUUGCGAAAUCUGCCAAAAAAUGGUUCGAGCAAAAAGGCCAUUUGCACACACACAUACUAAGCCAUACUGGAGCUAAGCCUUAUUCUUGCGGUAUCUGCAAAAAACGGUUCUCGCAAAAGGGCAGUUUGAACAGACACAUACUAAGCCAUACGGGAGCGGAGUUAUAAGCUUACCUGUGACGAUUGUAAUAAAGUGUGUGUGGGGCAAACGGGCCGUAAUUUCACUACUAGAUAUAAAGAGCAUGUUGCGUCAUAUAGACAUAACCAUCCAGAAAAAUCCAAUUUUGCAAAGCACUUUUAGAUACAGGCCACACUUUAUCUGAGAAUCAUUCUUUUGAUGUUUUGCAUGUUUGCGAGAAGGGAUUGCGUUUGGGUGUUCUGGAACAACUGGAAAUAAUUAGGUACAACAAUAGGGGCAUGAUUCUUAACGAACCAUUGAAUGUUGCGUCAUCGCCGUUAUUACGAAUUUUUCCAUCUCACUCACUUUUGCA